GCACAGAGCACAGAGCUGCAUGCAGCACAUAAGUCUACAAUUUGGGGAAAUAGACAGUGAUGAGGGUCAGCCCGCAAACUCUGCUGGCAUGGCUGCUGGUAUGCUGUUCCCUAACAGGACAGACUGCAGCUCCAAUCACCCCACCAUCUUCAUCACCAACACCAUCAUCAUCCUCAAGUGCACUACAAAGCUCUCUGGCUCCCGAAGCUGUUCCUCCAUCGACAACAACGGAGAGGGAGGAAUCCUCAGCAGCAACACCGACCGCAACUCUCCAGUCCUCAUCUACCCAACCUGCCCCGUCACUUGUUGAUGUGAUCACUACAAAUUCAGCUCAGUCCACCAGUGAUGCUGAGGCCACCUCUACAGUUUCUACUCAAUCCACCAACCUAGUGACAGAAAGGCUGGGAGUAACCAGUAACACCAGUACAGUCGUAGAUCCAGCUUCAUCACCAUCAAACACCUCAAUUUAUUCUUCUACCAUAUCCGCAUCUAACACAGCCGAGCCAACCGGCUUUACUUCAGGGCCUGACCCAACACCUGUGACCCAGACUACACCAGCCCCCAUCACAACCACCACAGCCAGCAGCAGCAGCUCUUUAAAUAAGGACACCGUCUCCGUCAGCCAGAAUUCUUCAGGACAGACUGCAGCUCCCACCACCCCACCACCUUCAUCACCAACACCAUCACCAGCCUCAAGUGCACUACAAAACUCUCUGGCUCCCGAAGCUGUUCCUCCAUCGACAACAACGGAGAGGGAGGAAUCCUCAGCAGCAACACCGACCGCAACUCUCCAGUCCUCAUCUACCCAACCUGCCCCGUCACCUGUUGAUGUGAUCACUACAAAUUCAGCUCAGUCCACCAGUGAUGCUGAGGCCACCUCUACAGUUUCUACUCAAUCCACCAACCUAGUGACAGAAAGGCUGGGAGUAACCAGUAACACCAGUACAGUCGUAGAUCCAGCUUCAUCACCAUCAAACACCUCAAUUUAUUCUUCUACCAUAUCCGCAUCUAACACAGCCGAGCCAACCGGCUUUACUUCAGGGCCUGACCCAACACCUGUGACCCAGACUACACCAGCCCCCAUCACAACCACCACAGCCAGCAGCAGCAGCUCUUUAAAUAAGGACACCGUCUCCGUCAGCCAGAAUUCUUCAGGACAGACUGCAGCUCCCACCACCCCACCACCUUCAUCACCAACACCAUCACCAGCCUCAAGUGCACUACAAAACUCUCUGGCUCCCGAAGCUGUUCCUCCAUCGACAACAACGGAGAGGGAGGAAUCCUCAGCAGCAACACCGACCGCAACUCUCCAGUCCUCAUCUACCCAACCUGCCCCGUCACCUGUUGAUGUGAUCACUACAAAUUCAGCUCAGUCCACCAGUGAUGCUGAGGCCACCUCUACAGUUUCUACUCAAUCCACCGACCUAGUGACAGAAAGGCUGGGAGUAACCAGUAACACCAGUACAGUCGUAGAUCCAGCUUCAUCACCAUCAAACACCUCAAUUUAUUCUUCUACCUUAUCCGCAUCUAACACAGCCGAGCCAACCGGCUUUACUUCAGGGCCUGACCCAACACCUGUGACCCAGACUACACCGGCCCCCAUCACAACCACCACAGCCAGCAGCAGCAGCUCUUUAAAUGAGGACACCGUCUCCGUCAGCCAGAAUUCUUUAGGACAGACUGCAGCUCCCACCACCCCACCACCUUCAUCACCAACACCAUCACCAGCCUCAAGUGCACUACAAAACUCUCUGGCUCCCGAAGCUGUUCCUCCAUCGACAACAACGGAGAGGGAGGAAUCCUCAGCAGCAACACCGACCGCAACUCUCCAGUCCUCAUCUACCCAACCUGCCCCGUCACCUGUUGAUGUGAUCACUACAAAUUCAGCUCAGUCCACCAGUGAUGCUGAGGCCACCUCUACAGUUUCUACUCAAUCCACCAACCUAGUGACAGAAAGGCUGGGAGUAACCAGUAACACCAGUACAGUCGUAGAUCCAGCUUCAUCACCAUCAAACACCUCAAUUUAUUCUUCUACCAUAUCCGCAUCUAACACAGCCGAGCCAACCGGCUUUACUUCAGGGCCUGACCCAACACCUGUGACCCAGACUACACCAGCCCCCAUCACAACCACCACAGCCAGCAGCAGCAGCUCUUUAAAUAAGGACACCGUCUCCGUCAGCCAGAAUUCUUCAGGACAGACUGCAGCUCCCACCACCCCACCACCUUCAUCACCAACACCAUCACCAGCCUCAAGUGCACUACAAAACUCUCUGGCUCCCGAAGCUGUUCCUCCAUCGACAACAACGGAGAGGGAGGAAUCCUCAGCAGCAACACCGACCGCAACUCUCCAGUCCUCAUCUACCCAACCUGCCCCGUCACCUGUUGAUGUGAUCACUACAAAUUCAGCUCAGUCCACCAGUGAUGCUGAGGCCACCUCUACAGUUUCUACUCAAUCCACCAACCUAGUGACAGAAAGGCUGGGAGUAACCAGUAACACCAGUACAGUCGUAGAUCCAGCUUCAUCACCAUCAAACACCUCAAUUUAUUCUUCUACCAUAUCCGCAUCUAACACAGCCGAGCCAACCGGCUUUACUUCAGGGCCUGACCCAACACCUGUGACCCAGACUACACCAGCCCCCAUCACAACCACCACAGCCAGCAGCAGCAGCUCUUUAAAUAAGGACACCGUCUCCGUCAGCCAGAAUUCUUCAGGACAGACUGCAGCUCCCACCACCCCACCACCUUCAUCACCAACACCAUCACCAGCCUCAAGUGCACUACAAAACUCUCUGGCUCCCGAAGCUGUUCCUCCAUCGACAACAACGGAGAGGGAGGAAUCCUCAGCAGCAACACCGACCGCAACUCUCCAGUCCUCAUCUACCCAACCUGCCCCGUCACCUGUUGAUGUGAUCACUACAAAUUCAGCUCAGUCCACCAGUGAUGCUGAGGCCACCUCUACAGUUUCUACUCAAUCCACCGACCUAGUGACAGAAAGGCUGGGAGUAACCAGUAACACCAGUACAGUCGUAGAUCCAGCUUCAUCACCAUCAAACACCUCAAUUUAUUCUUCUACCUUAUCCGCAUCUAACACAGCCGAGCCAACCGGCUUUACUUCAGGGCCUGACCCAACACCUGUGACCCAGACUACACCGGCCCCCAUCACAACCACCACAGCCAGCAGCAGCAGCUCUUUAAAUGAGGACACCGUCUCCGUCAGCCAGAAUUCUUUAGGACAGACUGCAGCUCCCACCACCCCACCACCUUCAUCACCAACACCAUCACCAGCCUCAAGUGCACUACAAAACUCUCUGGCUCCCGAAGCUGUUCCUCCAUCGACAACAACGGAGAGGGAGGAAUCCUCAGCAGCAACACCGACCGCAACUCUCCAGUCCUCAUCUACCCAACCUGCCCCGUCACCUGUUGAUGUGAUCACUACAAAUUCAGCUCAGUCCACCAGUGAUGCUGAGGCCACCUCUACAGUUUCUACUCAAUCCACCAACCUAGUGACAGAAAGGCUGGGAGUAACCAGUAACACCAGUACAGUCGUAGAUCCAGCUUCAUCACCAUCAAACACCUCAAUUUAUUCUUCUACCAUAUCCGCAUCUAACACAGCCGAGCCAACCGGCUUUACUUCAGGGCCUGACCCAACACCUGUGACCCAGACUACACCAGCCCCCAUCACAACCACCACAGCCAGCAGCAGCAGCUCUUUAAAUAAGGACACCGUCUCCGUCAGCCAGAAUUCUUCAGGACAGACUGCAGCUCCCACCACCCCACCACCUUCAUCACCAACACCAUCACCAGCCUCAAGUGCACUACAAAACUCUCUGGCUCCCGAAGCUGUUCCUCCAUCGACAACAACGGAGAGGGAGGAAUCCUCAGCAGCAACACCGACCGCAACUCUCCAGUCCUCAUCUACCCAACCUGCCCCGUCACCUGUUGAUGUGAUCACUACAAAUUCAGCUCAGUCCACCAGUGAUGCUGAGGCCACCUCUACAGUUUCUACUCAAUCCACCGACCUAGUGACAGAAAGGCUGGGAGUAACCAGUAACACCAGUACAGUCGUAGAUCCAGCUUCAUCACCAUCAAACACCUCAAUUUAUUCUUCUACCUUAUCCGCAUCUAACACAGCCGAGCCAACCGGCUUUACUUCAGGGCCUGACCCAACACCUGUGACCCAGACUACACCGGCCCCCAUCACAACCACCACAGCCAGCAGCAGCAGCUCUUUAAAUGAGGACACCGUCUCCGUCAGCCAGAAUUCUUUAGGUACGUUGGUUCAAAGCCAAAAGACUUUAGUCUUAACAGGUCUAUGA